UUUCAUUCUCAAGCAAACCAACCUUCCUUUGUUCAAAACUGAAAGGGGAAAAGCAAAGGCAAGUUCCUGAGAGAACUGUGAUUAAGCAGAAAUUUAGUCACCAGAAAGCAUACCAGAGGAAUUUACUGCGCUUCCCGCGGCAGAGGAAUGAAUUGGGAAGACGAUGAGGAGAAGCUGCCGCCGUCGCAGAGGCCGGAGUGGUCGGACGUCAGUCCUCUCCCUCAAGACGACGGUCCAAACCCUGUGGUUCCGAUCGCUUACAAGCCGGAGUUCGCUGAGACAAUGGACUACUUUCGCGCCAUCUAUCGCGCCGAUGAGCGAUCCCCUCGCGCCCUUCAGCUCACUCACCAAGCCAUCCUCCUGAAUCCCGGCAACUACACUGUAUGGCAUUUCAGGCGUUUGAUACUGGAGACAUUAAAUAAAGACCUGCAUCAGGAACUUGAUUAUGUUUCCAGGAUUGCUGAGAAGAAUUCUAAAAAUUAUCAGAUAUGGCAUCAUAGACUCUGGGUUGCAGAGAAACUCGGUCUUGAUGCUGCUGAUAGAGAACUUAAGUUCACUGAGAAGAUACUCUCUGGUGAUGCUAAAAAUUAUCAUGCGUGGUCACAUAGGCAGUGGGUUCUGCAAUCUCUGGGGGGAUGGGAUGAUGAGCUAGAGUACUGCCGCCAGCUACUUGAAGAGGAUAUUUUCAAUAACUCAGCCUGGAAUCAGAGAUACUUCGUCAUAAUGAAAUCACCUCUCCUGGGAGGCUUGCAAGCCAUGAGAGAGUCGGAAGUGAAGUACACGGUUGCAGCCAUUCUAGCUAACCCUGAGAACGAGAGUCCAUGGAGGUAUCUCAGAGGCCUCUACAAAGACGACCCAAAGUCAUGGAUUCAUGAUCCUCAAGUCUCGACCGUUUGCCUGAAGUUAUUGAGUAGUGGAGGUACCACCAACCAUGUAUUCGCUUUGAGCACUGUUCUCGAUCUUCUAAGUCACGGUUUCCAGCCAAGCCAAGAGUUGAGAGAAGCAGUGGAAGCCUUGAAUUUCACUGGUUCACGUCCAGAUUCACAGGAGAGCAUCGGCUUGGGGAAUGUAGUUUGUUCUGUGUUGGAACAUGCUGAUGCCAUGAGGGUCAAUUAUUGGAGAUGGCGGAAAAGUCAGCUGACUAUGUAGAACUGAUAUGAAUCUGAUGGAACUGUUUGUAAACUACUUGUUCUUUCUUGCUUCUGCAAACUCAGUCUUUUCUACUGAUGUUCCAUGCUUGAUUAAUAUGCAUUUCCAUGUUAAAAAGUAAGGGAAAAGGAGGAACAGAAUUGAAUAGAACACGCCUUUGAUCUAAAGAUUUAAUCCUAUCUCCUAAUUGAGUUCCGUUCAGCAAUGCUUAUGAACUACACACUACACUAACAAGGACGACUUCAAGAGACAAAUUACAUUUCACGGUUCAUGUUAAGCGAUGAAUUUGUUGAGGAUUAAUAUGAAAAGCUGAAAAAUAAGGGUACUGGAGGAGGAUAAGAGUAUGGGCCAAGCUCAGGCAUCGUUUGGAAGUUGCGAUGGUUAAAUAGAUGUAUUGUUGUGAAUAUAUGUAUUGAUGAAUUUGAUGCAUUGUCAAAUAUAACUUUUAGUAUAUUUGAUUGUAUAUGCCACGAUCAGCUAAAUAUUGAGAUAAAAAGGGUUAAUAUAUUUGUAUGACCUGAACUUUUCACAUAAUAAACAUCCUGGCCAAUAUUUUCGAUCUAUAACAUCAUGACUUGAACUAUACACCAAAGAAACGAAAUUGGCUAAACCCGAAAAUUGAUCGUUAUCUUUGACGAUCAACGCGCCAUGUCACCGUCAAGUCAACACCUUUCACUUAGAUUUUUUAUUUAUUUUCCACCUAUUACUAUUUUUUUCAUUUUAAAUAAAAAAUUUGAAAAUAA